AUGAGUGUCAACUUCGUAGAUUAUUUCGCCAACGAGCAUAAUGGAUAUGAUAUUUUAUAUCAAAACAUGAAAUUUGGACUUAUAGCCAGCAAAGAACUCUCAGAGUAUCUUAGGGAGCGCUCAAAUAUUGAAGAGACUAAUUCAAAGUUAUUAGCGAAAUUAGCUAAGCAAGCUAAUAGCAAUUGCGCUCAAGGUACUUUCGCACCGUUUUGGGGCGUACUUAAGUGUUCAGCUGAGAAACUAUCUAACUUACAUCAGCAUAUGUUCCAAAAAGUAAGUGAACUUGUUAAAGAUGUGGCUCGCUAUGCUGAGGAAUUACAUAAAAAGCAUAAGGCUGUAAAAGAUUCUGAGUCAAGUACACUAGAAGUUGUUUUAUUAAUACAAAGUACGAAACAAGCCUUACAGAAGGCUAAGGAUGUAUAUACUACAAAAUCAGCAGAGUUAGAGAAGCUGCGUAAAGAUAAUGCAUCAGCAAAAGACAUCGAUAAGUCAGAAGUGAAACUUAAAAAGCUUCAUGAAGAUUACAGACAACUUGCUGAGAAAUAUAACUUUGUAAAACAAGAUUUUGAGAAAAAAAUGACUCAGACAUGUAAGCAUUUCCAGGAUGUAGAAGAAGCUCAUUUAAAACAAAUGAAACAGUUUGUAAAUGUAUAUACAGACAUAAUUCAGAACAACCAUGAUAUGAUGGGUCAAGUACAUAGAGAUUUUAAACAUCAAUGCCUAGAGCUAACAGUGGAAAAGUUGCUAGAACAAUUCCUUGUGGAAAAAUAUAAUGCUAUAGAAAAAGCUAAUCUUGUUGAAUUGCCUACAACACUACCAAAACCUGGUUCUGCAAAUAAUUCAAUAUCUGAAGCGGAUCAGAUAUCAACUAUUUCUAAUGGAUCACACAAGCCACAAUCUGCAUCUAAAUCCUCAACUAAGAAAGAUCAACAAUCCUUUGUUGCAAAAACUUCUAGAAGGACAACCUCUCUUCUUAAUUUAUUUACACCAAAUUUCCAAAGUAAAGAUGAGCCUAGUGGAAGUGCAGAAGGUGCUGCACCAUGUUCUGCUCCAUCCAGUCCCAGUGGCACGUCAGCAACCCCAGCGGCCCAAGAUAAAGAUGAUAAUAUGGGACGUUCAACAUUCAGAGAAUCUAAAUGGUUCCGCAGCAGAAGAACAAAAACUAAAAACAAAAAAUUAAAAAAGAAAAAAGAUGAAAUUUCAGAAAAUUCAAAUGCUGGUGAUAGGUCUGACUUAGAAGAGAAGGAAGAAGAAAUACCAACAAAAGAUGAUUUAAUGAAUUCUCCAGAAGUUGAUGAAGAAGGGUUUUGUAUUAGGCCUAAAGAUGAAAAGGGGAGUGUAUAUUCCUCCACAGAGUCUGAUUCUGAAGAAGAAAGAGAACAGAAGAUCCAUGUUGAAAUUAAACCAAUAAGUAAUGGUAGCGCACCUAUGUCUGCUAGUGUAGAUGAGUUAAGGGCCACAGUAGAAAACAUCUCACUGUAUAAAAUUGGCACAACUCGUCGAGGUUCUAAUGCAAAUGCUAGUAAGGCUAGUAGUGAUCUAUUAGAUUUGAAUUUCUUUCAAAGUCCCAACAUUAGUAAUCCGGCCUCCCCUCAUGGCAAUGUCUCAAAUCCAUAUGCACCAUUGCAGGCUAAUCAGUCACAUUUACUUGAAAGUCCCACACCAAUGUCAACAACUGAUGUUGGAGACCUUUUCUCAGAAGUUGGAGAUUUGGCUCAAUCCAAUUUCAGAACAUCUACACCCACAAUAACAACUAUAUCACUCCCAAGACCACCUUCACGGCGAUCUGAGGGAGACUUCCGAACUGCUGGUUCUUCAGGCUCCAGAGGUCCAUCUCCCCUUACAAUAGGAAUGGCAGAUACUAUACCUCUUGCAGUUGCUUUUCAUGAAAUCAUACACUCUUAUUUUAGAGGAACAGAAGAAAGUAAAUGUCAAGUUAAAAUGUCUGGAGAUAUGAUGUUAUCAUUUCCAACUGGUAUUGUGGGUGUUCUUGCCAAUAAUCCUAAUCCAGCCAAGCUAUGUUUUAGACUGAAGAAUAUUCAUAGACUUGAUAAUGUAUUACCUAAUAAGCAGCUCAUCAGUAUCAACACUAUGAUGUCUACAAGAGAUGCUACUGUAGUUGAAUUUAACAUGCCUGCAUUGACAUCUUUAUUGAAGAGACAGUCUGAGAAGAAUCCCUCUGCCCAAUAUUUCAAUGUAGACAUUUUGAAAUAUCAAAUACGCCCCAAAACGGGUGCGGCAUCAUGUCCUUUCCAAUUGGUCGCUUAUUGGAAAUGUGAACAUGAUCACACAGAUCUCAAAGUUGAUUAUAAAUAUAAUCUUCACGCAAUGAGUCCUCCAUCUCCUCUUCUCAACGUAUCUGUCUGUGUGCCAAUGAAUGGUGGUGUUAAAAAUGUUAUUGCAAUGCCUAAGAAUAUCUGGAAUGGGGAAAAUGAACAAGCACUGUGGCGAUUUACAGAGCUAUCUCAGCAUUCAGAAGAUAGGGGUGUGGGGUCACUACGUGCGCGUUUUGAAUUAAAUAGAGGUCCUUCAUCUAAAGGAACCAUUUCUGCACAAUUUAACUGUGAAGGAGCUACUCUAUCUGGCAUUGAGUUUGAACUAAUAGGUAGCGGAUACCGCUUGUCUCUUGUGAAACGCCGUUUCGUUUCUGGCAAAUACAUUUGUGAUAGUGAUUUUCAUUGA